CCCGCUAAAGAAGAGUUUCAAGCGGUUUAGGAAGGAAGUUAACGAAGCGGCUGAAUUUCAAUUCAGCCAGCCAAAUUUGAAGUCCUGUACUGUAUUUUUAAACUAACUACCACACGGACUGGUUUACUGAUGGCCCACAUCGGUGGAGACAACAGCCACCAAGCUGAAGAAAACGACGAGACAAAUUCCCGGCAUCUCUCUAAACCUGCGCACGGGACAAAUGACGGCCUACGGGUGUGUAUUGCCAGUCACGAGCAGAAAAAAAUCAUCUUGCAUGUGGACCUGAACAACACCAUUCUGGUGUCAGACGCCGUGACGUGCCAAGGAACAGUGGCUGCCCUGGAUUAUUUUCUGACGACUGUAACUUGGGGCAAAAUGAGUAAAGGCAAGUGGGAAUGGUUGAGUGACUCCCCCUCACUGCUUCCGCCACGUGAUGAUGCCGUCAACUACUACUCUCAGUUUGGAGCGACUCCCAGGUUCACCUCCGGUGCAGGUCGACGCUUUCGUGGGAUUCUGGAGGAACACCUGAACCUGCUUCGCUGGCCUGAAGGUGAAAAGGGAGACCGAGAGCUGUCAAUAAAGGCGGAGGAUGGACGACUGUACCACUGGAUCCUUCCUUCCUUUUUCCAGUUGCUCAAAGACCUAACGCAGCAAGGGACCGAGUUUGCCAUCCACUUUCGUACUUUUGGAAGCGACCUACCUCGUGUGCUCAGUGCCGUAUCCAAAACACUGACGCAGGGCGCUCAUCCCUUGUUUCCCGAUCUUCCUGAUUUAAAGUUAAGUGUGAAUAAGACGCCAGGCAAGAUCCGCUGCAGCUCGAAAGGGGUUCUUCUGAGCAGAGGCGCAGAGCGGCUGUCGACCCGCGAUGGCGAGAGAGGCCUCUACCAAUUCUUGAGCAGCGCAAAUGGGCUCGGAGGCUUCCAGGAUGACUAUGAAUGGUGGGUGACUAAGAAGUUCUCCAUCCAAGGUGGGAAACCGCUGUGGCUGGACCCCUUUGACAAGCAUGUUCAGCACAUCUUCAUCGACGACAACAUACGACAGAAUGAGGAGGAUACCGUCGUACAUCCCAAGGUUUUCAUGGAGCCCGGCGGCUCGGACACUCGCACGGCCUGCAUCUCGGAGCUUUAUGACAUCGCCUUAAUCCAGACCGAUCUUCUCAAAGCCAUUUCUGAGCCCGACUACUUCACCCGCCGUGUCCAGAUCUGCCGGGAGAACUAUGAGAAGAAUGUCCAGCAGGGGUCAGGCUAGAGCACUGCUGAGUGUCUUCUCUCAACCACAUCUGGUCUUGAGGAACUCCAUCUCAGGGUAUCAUUAUCUGUUGGAAUGCUAGAGACAAGGAUGUGUUGGCAAUAUCCGUAGCAAUUCUUAGCUCAGAAGAAAGUGAUUUCCAGAAAAGGCAAAAUAAUGACAUUGGCAAAUUGAAGAAGGGGGGAAAAAAUCUGCUUUAUUGAGUGAAUUUAAUUAAUGCCAGACUUGAAUAUUUUACCAUCCCAAAGAAGAUAAUGAAUCUCCAAGCUUUGUUUUGAGGAAAAAAGGUGGUUUUUUUUUU